UUACGUUAAUUACCGGAUCCUCUAAUCCGGAAGUGGCGCCCGGGGAUCUGAAGUCGCACCAUGAAAAUGCGAAAAGAAUCCCAAGCGUUGCCACUCGUUCACUUUCGAUAUCACUGGUGUCUGAUCACGCUAAAGAAAAAGUGACAGUGUCCAAUCGAAAAUAUGAAUCACCUGACGAUUGAUUUCAAGCCAGGACAUGUGCAGCUGCUGCAGCAGGAGGAUCCUCCGGCGGGGGGGCCCCGUGUCCUGGUGACGGGAGCUAGCGGUCUCCUGGGCCGCGCCGUCCUCAAGGAGUUCCGGAAACGCGGCUGCGCCGUGACGGGGACGGCGUACCGCAGGGCCGGCGCGCGCCGUCUUCACUGCGACCUCACCGACGAGGACGCCGUCAAGCAGCUCCUGAGUCAGUGCAAGCCUCAGGUGGUAGUCCACUGUGCGGCAGAGCGUCGGCCGGACGUGGUAGAGCGCCACCCGGAGGCGGCCGACAACAUCAACGUUCACGCCACCGCCGUUAUUGCCAGGGAGGCCGCAUGUCGCGGCUCCUUCCUGUUAUACAUAAGCAGUGACUACGUUUUCGACGGCCGGCAUCCGCCUUACGGCCAAGACGACGCCCCCAAUCCCGUCAAUGCGUACGGACGCAGCAAGAUGGAAGGCGAGCGACAAAUGUUGCAGCACUGCGCACGCUCGGCAGUUCUGCGCGUUCCGGUCCUGUUCGGCGAGGUGGAGUCUCCGUCGGAGAGCGCCGUGACGGCGCUGUGGCCCAAAGUCCUGCAGGGGGCGGCGGCCGAGGGCUGCCCGCUUGACCACUGCCAGCCGAGGUUCCCCACGCACACGCGAGACGUCGCCGCCGUCUGCUGGAACAUCUGCCGCGCUGCCGCUUUGGACGAGUCUAUCCGUGGAACGUUCCAUUAUUCGGGUAAGGAGCAGAUGACCAAAUAUGAGAUGGCGCUGGCCAUGGCUCGGGCCUUCAACCUUCCGUCCGCUCACCUCAUCGCGCUAACGGAACAGCCGGCGGCAGAGGCGGCUCGGCGCCCGCUCAAUCCUCGCCUGGACUGUUCCCGUCUGGAGGUGCUGGGCCUCAGUGUGGAGCCGCGGCCGUUCGUCUCCGCUGUCAGCGACUGCCUGUGGCCUUUCACCCCAGACAAACGCUGGAGGCAGACCGUCUUUCACUGACCGCCGCCGUGUGGUUCCUCUCAAUAAAGACGACACAACAAACAUG